AUAAAUGUCCAGAAAUCAGACUGAACCCUGGUGUCUGUUAUUGGGUUUGAGUGGGAGCUGUACAGUCUUAUGGUCUACCACACUGUAACACAAAUUCACAAGGGGGUGGUAAGGAUCAACAUGCAUCUGUAGGUACAGUACUCGCAGCUGAGUGAAAGCAUGUCUCAUGAUUGCAUAUCAUGGAAGUCACAUUACACUGGGCCUAAUUACAAUUUUUGAUCUGAAAAAUCUGCACUAGGAAUGGUUUCAAUUAAAAGUUGGAUUUCAUGUUACAUAGAGUGUAUCUACCCUCUUAAUCAGUCCAGUUAAACCAGCAGACCUCAUACUAUCUUUGAAACAGUCAAGAGAAUCUCAAAUUACAGCACUGAACUAUUUCAAGAAGCACACCGUGACAGAGAAAACAAAUUAAGCAAUUUAAACUGAAUCAAAAAAUAGUUAAACCAGUAGGUCAGCAACAUGCAACCACAGCAUCAGAGCCUUCAGGUAUAUCAACAGCAUUUCAGAAUAGUGAAAACAAGCAAUACAAUGUGUUUUGAUAUUCUCAAUAACUUGACAUUGGAUAAGCGGUGCUCCGGAUAGAUCCACAAGUGUAAGUGACAAAAAGAUCGAUGUACGGACAGACAGACUCCCCCCUAUGUCCCCCAUACGUUUCAUGAUGACAAUUGGAUUAGUGGUUCUUCAGAUGUAUUGCAUACAGUCCAUCUCUACUAGACCCCCAUCGCAGGGGAUUGCAUCUCCAGCGAGGGAUAAUACGAAUUACAGCAAUAUAUCCCAUAGUUCAGCUGCUUUGUAGUGUUCUACACCCAAGCGGUGUCCAGUCCAUGUAUCCCACCCACCAGUACUGAAACACACUACCUUCAGCACUGUGUUUACUUAAAAGGGGCAGCAGUGUGGAGUAGUGGUUAGGGCUCUGGACUCUUGACCGGAGGGUCGUGGGUUCAAUCCCUGGUGGGCAACACUGCUGCUGUACCCUUGUGCAAGGUACUUUACCUAGAUUGCUCCAGUAAAAAACCCAACUGUAUAAAUGGGUAAUUGUUUGUAAAAAUAAUGUGAUAUCUUGUAACAAUUGUAAGUCGCCCUGGAUAAGGGCGUCUGCUAAGAAAUAAAUAAUAAUAAUAAUAAAAGAGUAAUUCAACGUUUUACGUUUAUUGUUUAAAUAAUGUACCUGUAAUAUCUCACUUUAUUGUUAACAUCCUUUUUACACUUAAAACUUUAAAGUCUGUUUUAAAGCUCUUUUCAAAAUUGGCGCUCUAGUGCACUGGAGUUUGAGAUCUGUCCUCUAAGUCACUGCAAGAAGAGUGAUUUAAAAAAACCAUAACAAGUUCUCUGGCUUUUGUGUUCCGUACCACAUCAUGGAUUGUUUGAAAAGAUCUUUGAAACAGACUUUAAAGUUAUGAGUGGAUGUUAACAGUGAAAAGAAUAAUUACAGGUAUGUUAUUUAAGCAGUUGUAGCAACACCUGGAGACGUGUAACGGUAUAUUUUUCAGAACCCUGCUACUUACUCGUUUCCAGUGGAUCUCCUGUUCUCCAUUACUGAGCUUAUUCAUUAUGGAAAUGUUGUGGGUAUCUUUUGCUUUGACCUGUGAUCUAAAAUGGCUGCCAUACUGAGAUCCUGUGAGUUUUUGGUACUGAUUCUUACGGUCAAGCUCAAUAAUGGGUUAUUUAUCACACAAGAACAAUUCACCUUUCUGUGGCAGUAGUAGUAGUAGUCUUACUUCACAUUCAUUACACUUCAUUAUUAAAUUCUCAAAUUAUCUUUAAAUGAGCUGAGCAUUGUGCAAUAUCUAUUUUUAGGGUGGUUUUUUUACGGUUAAGAAUGUAGUUUUACAGAGUUCAUCAUGCUGUAACAUGUAAUGCUCGUUUUACAGCCUAAGCAGCAUUACUCUUGGACUACCUUACCUAAAGUAAAAUUCAGUUAGACUUUUUGUCUAACUGGGGCUCUGUGAAACCAGCCCCUAAGGAACCUUUAAGUUGUGUUACAGUGACAUUCACCAGGGAAGGCUGUAGCUACGAAUUACGGAGCCAAAGUUAAUAACCGUCUUAUGAUCCUGGAAUUGGGUACAAUGCAAGGAGCCUCCAGGUGCAUAUAAGACGUUACCCCUCAUGUACCCCCACCUACAGCCAGUCCUAUUAGAUCACAGAACUAACACAUUGUCGUUACCAGACAUGCUGCUGGGUUUGAGAGCUGGCAGAUCUCACUGCCUCCAGGAGUUUCAUUUCUACAACUGUGAUGUCAUUUCUGGGAAUUAGCUUGAGUAAACCCGGAUGCAGCUAUAAAGGAUCCCCUGGACCAACGAGAAGGAGUAGAGGAAGUGAAUCAAUGCUACACUGACAUCAGCAGUGAACACUAAGCAGUCUGCAGAUAAUACAGAUCACAGUGGGCAGACGAAAUAUGCAAAGGGUGACCCUCCCUCAGGACAGGGAGCUGAGGAGGAGGAUCAAGGCGAAGGCAAAGAGUCUGAAGCUGAAACGCAAUGACAUGAAUUGGUCGGCCGAGAUGGUAAACAACCUUGUAGAAAAGCUGAUGGAAUAUCUAAAAGAGAACAAGGAGGAGCCGUACUUCCGUGACGUCGCCAAGCUCACCACCGGCAGCUACUACGAGCUUGUAAAGACUAACAACCCGGACGAGUUUGAUGUGAUGCUGAUCCUGCCUACUCCCCGGAUUACCUGGACGGAGGUGUGUGGAUUAUCAGGACUGUUCUACAGGGUGUCUGUGUGUAGGCCCCCGCGCUCCCCUUUAAAGGACUUCCUGCUGGAGGAUGGUCUCACCAUCUCUGCAGUCCGGAUCCUGAAGGACAUGAGGAACCUCAUUAAGAAGUUCAUGCGAACUUACAAAGUUUCUGUCCCUGGCUGGCACUGGUCCCUGGAGAGGCAGAAUCCGGGCUGCCCUGCCAUCACCCUGUCUCUGCUCAAUAACAAGGCUGAGGUGGAUAUCUCUCUCGAUCUGGUUCCUGCCCUGGAGGUCCCCUCCUGUCAGGGCUGGCCCGAGGCCACCAAGAAGGGGCUAAAAAUUGAGGACUGGCUUGGCAAGAAAAGUAGACAAGCCUAUACCAGCCAGAGCUUCUACUUCGUACCCAAAAAACCAAAGGGCAGGGGUCUCAGCGAGGAAGCCAAGGAAAGCUGGAGGAUCUCGUUCUCUCACAUUGAAAAGCAAAUGAUAAAGAACCAUGGCAAGAACAAGACAUGCUGUGAGACUCCUGCUACCACCUGUUAUAGGAAGAUGUGUCUGCGGCUGCUGAAGUGUCUAAUCCAGUCCCUGAAGGAGCGUCACCCCGCGGAGCUCUCGCAUCUCUGCUCCUACCACGGCAAGACGGCCUUCCUGCACUCGCUGAGCCGGCGCUGCCUCGACUCGCUCUGGCAGGGGCAACUCGACCUCUGCUUCAUGCAGCUGCUCGACGACUUCAUCACCCACGUGGAGAAAGCGGACCUGCCGCACUUCUUCAUCAGCAACUGCAACCUGUUCAGCCCGCGGUGCUUCCCCAAGCGAAGCCUGGAGCUGCUGCGGGAGGAGCUGCUGGAGCAGAGGAGGCUGGGCCUGACCGUGUUCCAGCUCCCCUGUGCCGAAGAGGAACCAGCCCUCAUCCCAGCAGCUCCAGCCCCUCAGCAGGCGCUGUCCAACACCCUCCUCUUCGGCAUACUGCUUCUCCUGGGGGUUUUCCUAGCUGCAGUAGCCAGCCUCCCCCUGCAGGGGCCAGUAUAGAGAGACAGUAUCUGACAUGCCCCCCCCCCACACCUCCCCAUGCAUUGUUUAUAAAAUGACUUCACUUCUAUCGCUAUGUAAUAUCUGUCUAUAUUUGUAUCACGGCUCUUUUACAUGUGUUAACUUGUUGCAUGGUUAAGUUUUAAGCAGUGUGGAGUAGUGUUUAGGGCUCUGGACUCUUGACCGGAGGGUCGGGGGUUUAAUCCCAGGUGAGGGACACUGCUGCUGUACCCUUGAGCAAGGUACUUUACCUAGAUUGCUCCAGUAAAAACCCAACUGUAUAAAUGGGGGAUUGUAUGUAAAAAUAAUGUGAUAUCUUGUAACAAUUGUAAGUCGCCCUGGAUAAGGGCGUCUGCUAAGAAAUAAAUAAUAAUAAUAUGUAAUAUCUGUCUAUAUUUGUAUCACGGCUCUUUUGCAUCUGUUAACUUGUUGCAUGGUUAAGUUUUUUUCUUUCUUUCUCUCCAAUAAAUAAAUAAACUGACCAGACUUGGUUGAUGAAUAAACAGUUAAAC